AUGUGGAACAACUCUAGCUUUCAGGCACUUGGAAGAUGUAAAGUGAAAACAAAUCCUGUCACAAAAAGAAAGUACAUGGUCAAUUUUGUGAUCGUUGAAGAAAAUCUUACUCCACUACUGAGUCGUAGAGCUGCUGAGAAAAUGGGUCUGAUAACUAUUAACUAUCACAACUUUGAACAAGUAAGCACUGUUCUGCCUACUAAUGUGUUUGUGCAAGAAUUCCCUGAAGUGUUCUCUGGUAAACUUGGGAAUCUUCCUGGCAAGAAAGUUCAUCUAACUGUAAAUCCUGAUGCGGAUCCUGUAAUCCGACCUGCUCGUACUAUACCUGAAUCUCUUAAAGCUGAUCUCAAAACUAAGCUUGAUGAACUUGUCUGUACUGAAGUUAUUACUCCUGUUGACAAACCUACAGAUUGGGUUAGUCAAAUGUCUAUUGCAAAGCGCAAAUCUGGAGACAUAAGAAUCUGUAUAGAUCCAAGACCUCUGAAUGAAGCUCUGAAACGAGAACAUUAUAUGCUCCCAGUACUCGAUGAUAUUUUACCUGAAAUAUCACAAGCUACUAAGUUCUCUACAUGUGAUCUGAAGAAUGGAUACCUUCAUUGUGAACUUGACGAAGAAUCAAGUCUUCUUACCACCUUUGCUACUCCUUUUGGAAGAUAUCGUUGGCGUCGUUUACCAUUUGGGUUAAAUGUGAGCAGUGAAAUCUUCCAGAAAAGACUCCAUCAAGCCUUGGAAGGUUUGGAAGGUGUUCGAUGUGUAAUAGAUGACAUAAUCGUCUGGGGUCACACUGAUGAUGAACACGAUUCUCGUGUAAGAACACUUUUGGAACACUGUCGUAACAUUGGUAUAUCUCUCAAUGCCGAAAAGUGUCAUUUUGGAGCAGACGAAAUAUCUUUCAUGGGACACAUUGUGAGUAAUCGUGGUCUCAAACCUGAUCCUGCUAAAAUUGAAGCUCUUGUAAAGAUGGAACCACCCACUGAUAAGGAAGGCGUUGAAAGGCUUAGAGGUAUGGUGAACUACCUGUCUAAGUUUCUUCCUAACUUGUCGGAUGUGAUGCAACCUAUUAGCAUGCUCUCUCACCAAGAUGUUGAAUGGUCAUGGACUAGCAUACAAGACAAAGCUUUCAGCAAACUAAAAACACUUUUAACAGAAGCUCCUGUACUUGCUUAUUUCGAUGACAAGAAACAUUUGGUAAUCCAGUGUGAUGCUAGCAGUAAAGGUUUAGGUGCUGUACUUCUCCAAGACUCGAAACCAUUAGCUUAUGCUAGUAGAGCCCUUACUGAUGCUGAAACAAGAUAUGCCACAAUUGAAAAGGAAAUGUUGGCAAUCAUCUUUGCACUUGAAAAGUGGCAUCAAUUCACAUAUGGCCGUCCAAUCACUGUAUUCACUGACCAUAAACCACUUGAAAGUAUCUCUAAAAAGCCAAUCGAUAGAGCACCGAAACGUCUACAAGGUAUGCUUUUACGUGCACUUGCGUAUGGUAUUGAAGUAAAGUACCUUGAAGGAAAACAGAUGUACAUAGCUGACACUCUGAGCAGAACACAUCUACCUGAAAAAGUAGGUCAAGAAGAGUUUGAAACAGUAAAUGCUGUUACUUACCUCACUAUGCCAGAAGAAAGAAUUGAUGAAAUUCGAAAGAAGACAAAUGAAGAUUCAACACUACAGCUCUUAUCAAAUACCAUUCAAAAUGGUUGGCCUGACAAUAAAUCCACUUUGUCACCUUUGAUCACUCCUUUCUUCAGUGUUCGCGAUGAACUUGGAGUAACUGAUGGACUAAUAUUUAGGGGUGAAAGACUCGUAAUUCCUAAAAUUAUGAGAUCUGAAAUCAAGAAAGACAUUCAUGUUGGACACUAUGGCAUAGAAGGUUGUCUCAGAAGAGCACGAGAAUAUGUAUAUUGGCCAGGCAUGAGCCAAGAGAUUAAAGAGUGGAUUGGCACUUGUGAAACCUGUCACGACUUCGAACAAUCUCAACCGAAUGAAACUCUCAUGAGUUAUGAUAUUCCUGAAAGAGCAUGGGAAAAAAUUGGAACUGAUUUACUUUCCUAUCAUGGUAAAGACUACCUGAUAACUGUCUGCUACAAGUCAAACUUUUGGGAAAUUGAUCGUUUGUAUGACACAAAAGCUAAAACUGUCAUUACAAAAUUGAAAGCUCACUUUGCAAGAUAUGGCAUUCCAGAUUAUAUAGUAAGUGACAAUGGUCCACAAUUCUCAUCGGACGAAUUUCACAAAUUCAUGAAGAAAUGGGGAAUCACUCACACACCCACCUCACCAUAUAACAGCAAAGCAAAUGGUAAAGUUGAAUCAGCUGUUAAAUCUGCCAAAAGAAUGCUGCGGAAAACAUCAAAGUCACAUGAAGACCAAUAUCUCGCACUACUGAACAUUAGAAACACCCCUACCCAAGGUGUUGACAGCAGUCCUGCUCAAAGACUUUUAGGAAGAAGAACAAAAACAAUACUGCCAACUUCAAGAAAUCUUCUCAAACCAGGAAACAUACAGAAUGAACGUGAAACUGAACAACUGAGGUCAAACCAAAAGCGACAAGCUAACUACUAUAACAAAUCAGCACAUGAUUUGCCUGUACUUAAAAAAGGCGAUACUGUAAGAAUGAAACCUUUCAGAACAGGUGAAAAGUUCUGGAAAAAAGCUGAAGUUACUCGUAGAUUGGAUGAAAGAUCAUAUGAACUUCGAUCUGGUGAAACUUUUUAUCGACGUAACAGAGUACAUUUGAAAAAGACGCAUGAACCUGCACUAGACAAUGUGUUGACUAACUUUCCGUUUGAAACAGUUGAACCAAAUUACCGUGUCGAGAAACCAUGUCACCAUGAAUCAACUCGUGAAAUCCCUGCAAGAGAAACCCUGAGUAUGUCUGGACCCAGCACAUCCAGAUUUGGUCGUACCAUCAAACAGCCUACUAGAUGGAAGGACUAUGUUAAAUAA